CUCGUCUCACACCCAACAGACACCCAUUUGUCGCCUCCCAACACACAUGAACAUCACCCUAUCUUCGUCAGCCGCAUUCAGAAGCCUUCCACACGCAUCUCCCCCAAGCUUCUCAAGUCUUGCAUGAGCCCAACCUGGCAACGAAGAUAUUGGCUUGGCAUCAUGUUCUCUCGUAUCAGCGCCCGCUGUGUUGCCCUCGCUCUAUUUUUAAUUCAUGCGAAUGUGCUGUGAGCGAAAGUCGACGUCAAUCCCGCUGCUUCUUAUCCUAUAUCCUGACGCAAACCGGAGUCCGCAAGCGUUCUUUCAUUUUGCGCUUUGGGUGGUCAAGCGCAUGUGCCAAUUGGGCUGUCGUACUCGGGUCAUAUGGAUGCAAGCAUGUUUAGCCCAGGCUGAUCCUGCCGUUUAUUCGUGCAUGGUUACAGUAGUGGUUCCUACUGCAAUUUCGAUAUAAAGUUGGUAGUCUUGGCCGAAUUCAAAGCACCCGAUUUUCAAAUCCCGACCUUGACAGCUUUUCCUUUCGCGGUUAUUUAUCACCAUGAACAAAAUGCUGCAGUCUGUCCAUUGGGUCCUCCUGGUCCUCUAUGCAAUUGCAUCGGCCGAGCCUGGCAAACCCGAUACCUCAAAAUGCGGCUCCGCUCCGAUUACCAUGGAAUGCUGCCCAGAUUGUUAUGGCACUCUCCCGAGUGUUUACACCAUCACCGCAGUCAAGCUUGACGAGCGUGACUGCGACGAACGUGUGUACAACGGCCUCAAAGUCGAAUCUUUCAAUCUGUUCAUGGCCAAGGUUGCGAGCUACUGUCCUUUCACCGGCGACCAAGCUAGCCUUUGCCCCAACGGGACCGACAUGGCCCUUACAGGCACCCUGGAACCCCUUGCGGAAGUGCCCGGAGGCCAGGAUAUGUACGUCAACGCCGACGGACUGAUCUCGAUAACUGUGCAGCACUCGCACUUUUUCCCUCCGGGCUCGUAUCCUUAUUAUGAAGGAUGGACAUGGAAGCCGUAUCGAGUCUUCCCGCCAGACAAAAGACUGACGGCGGGCUGUAAGAGGGACAAUCCAGAAUACAACUGCGACCCCCCUACUGGAUUUUUCAAUUUCCAGGCCCCGAAUGCGACCGUUGGUGGAUUAAGAGCAUGCCCGAACGAGUACGAAGCGAAUGUAACCAGCGUGUAUGCUGUUACACCCGAAUUCAAUCGGACGGAUUGUGUUGAGCUUGACGGGCUAGGAACACAUGUUUACACUGGCCCCAACCCUCCUGUGUGGGCAUACUUUUGAACAUGAUGAAAUUGAGUUUCUCAUAUCUGUCUAUCACAACUUGUCGCAGCAUUGAAAGCAUACAUGUAUUCUGUCACAUUUACACAGCCUCUUUUUAGUGCUUUAAUUUGCGACGAGCUGAUUCAUUCAACUGCUCAAGCGGGACAGUGCACUUGUGUCGCCGAGCUUAGCAAAAGGCUCAUAACACCAGUAUAUGCUAGUGCAACGCCCAAGGUCUGCUUCCGGGUCGUCCCCAUGAAUAUCUGCACCACAAGACUCAACCCAAUGAUAAAACUUAGCAAUAUUGCCAGUCGCUUGUCCCCACUGCAAUU